UUCAAAUAAUAAGUUAUGAAAAAUCCAUGAAAAUUAUUGGAAUAUUAUAGUACCAAAACAAAACUCUUAGAGAUUAAAAUCACUCCAUAAUGUAGGGCUGAAAACAAAGUCUAAAAUAUAUUCACUUACCUUACUGCGAUAUAUAUGUGUAUCACUCUCACUAGCGGUGAUUGUUGAUUUCAGGGUAAUGGUGGGAUGUCUUUUGUUUAUGUGUUUUUUCAAAUUGCUGGUACUAGUUUUGUACGAAAAUUUGCACUUGCACAUAUUACAUAUUGCAAAGCUUUCGUCAAUCGGCUGAAAAAAUUGCCACAAUUCGCUUGAUUUUUUUCUCAAGAUUGGCGCCAUGGUAUCACGUUUUGAUCUGCAGGCGAAAAUAAUCUCAAAGUAACCUAAAAUCCAGCUUGUUUUGGUUUACACUGCCCCUUACGCUGUACUGUUACAAUGUUCAAUAUCGCUUACAGGCCAUGCGGCGGCUUACGAUUUUCGACCUCACGGCAGCCCGCAUGCGCCACGCGCGACGCAUGCGAACGGCUUGCAUAUUCAAAAUUCAAACAGUGCCGUGAACGUUGAUACCGUGAACCGUGAUGCGUGAUCGUGAUCCCAUCCCACUUCAUCUUCGGCGACGCGGGUGCCGGGCGGAUGUUGGCUCGGCAGCGCGCUUUGCGAAGUCGUGAUCACGUCACGCUUUUUCACGACAUUCAGUAACAGCCGUUAUCCGUGAUUCCAAGAUAUCAGUUACUGGAUCACAGUUCGUGAAAUAUCUGACAUAACUACUAGUUACCCACCCAUGAACCCACAACCCACCUUCAUCAACACUAUCAACAGUACCGUGAAAGCGUGAAAAAAAAACACUGGUGAAAGUUCUUCAAGAUGCAACAAUCCCAAACAAUUUCUAGGAUCUCAUACAGAAAAAGCCGAGUAUGGGGUUCCAAAGAACUGCCCAAAUUACCUAUUGGCGAGCAGAAAAGGAUUUAUGUUUCUAUCAAAAAGAGAAAUGUAGCUGGAGCUGUGCUGUUCAAAGAUGUGGAUGACCCUGAAGCAAUCAGUCACUUCGUACAUUACAAACCAGGUAAACAAAAUUAUUGUUUUCAUUUUUAUUGCCACCAUACUAUUUGUUGCUUGACUGUUUAGGCAAUCUCUAGUACCAUUGUCCAUCAAUAAUUGUGGAAUGUAAGGAGAUGAUAUAUUGAAAUCUAAACCAAAUAUGUAAAUAUAAUGCCUUCAGAUCGUCGAUGUACGAGGUAGGCUGUCCAUUUUCUAUAAUAGUUGUAUAUAUAUACCUGGACUUGUGAUUUGGUCAAUUGUGCUUUUUUACUGGAUUCAGUUGUGGUGUACAGUGAUUAUAACUCCAGCAUGUAAGUAUGAAUAUUACUGUAAAAUUCAUUAUCUAACCAUAACUUGAUUCAAUUCACAUCUUCUUCUGCAAUGAAACAGCAUUUGUUGAACCAAAAUUGUAGCUGUAAAUAUUCAACACUUGCUUAGGGCAAUACCAUGAAUCAUUUGCUUAUUUUUCCAUUGAAUAUGAAAAACAAUAUUUUUAAUGGCACUUCAUUCCUCAAACAUAUCAAACUUUAAAAUGCUGUUUACAAUGUGUAAACAUGUGUAAACACUUAUACAUGAAUGAUUAAUCACAG